CAAAAAAUUUAUAUAUAAUUCUUCUGCGGCCCCUUUGAAGGACAUUUACUUGUUCGGAUAUUCCCGUGCUGAAGUACAGUACUCGCCGAAAGUAGCAGUAUCGAAAUGUUGGCGCGAUUUAUUACGGCCUUAGGAAGACGGAUUCAUCGCUGCCCAGAUGACUGACCGGCGAUCGACUGACCAUACGUACGGUCACCUUGGGGAAGCUACUUAUGAUACUGUUGAGAAGAAAUGGAGUUUCUCACGUAUUCCUGUUUUAUCAAGCAUAAUCCGACCAAUCCAACCAUUACAACCAUGCAUUCCGCCAUCUGCGCAAUCGAAGCCCGAGGCACAAAGGAAUGCUACAGAUAGAGCAUCUAACAGAGCUCGCGACCAGAAGAGGUCGCUCAUCCGAGAGAUCCCCCAAAUAGGAGCUGCGGCUUCCGUGUUAGGGCCUCUUGUACGAACUGCGGCAGUCGGGGCCUCCAAGACACGUCCGACGGGCGGUGACCUGGUCGCCAGCGGGACUGCCAAAGUACUGUCGAAACACCACAGUGACCGCUCCAUCAACGUGCUAGCCGUUGCGCAUGGCGAAGCCGGACAUGUCCUGCGACUGAUUAAACCCCGGCUUGAGGACCACACCUGGGAUGGCGACGAUUCCGUGAAGCUGCGUUUGCUGAACCCCAGCACCUCAGAGGAUGGCUACUGGCUUGACGGCGCCGGAUCGAUUGAACAAAUCGUAUUCUCGUCAGGUAUAGAAGGCGAUAGGUCUUGGUUGGCUGUGCGGAAACUGGCAUCGACGACUAUACUACAACCGGUAUAUCAGAGAACACCAGGUCCAGCACGAGUGCCGCCGGGGUUUCAAGAUAAAUAUAGACCGUCGCUCUUGGAUCCGAAUCCAGCGGUUACUAUCACGAGCGUGAUGACGAAUGGGAGGAAUCAUGCUGAUGUGGCGUUUAAUCCUUGGUAUCCGCGCCAGUUUGCAGUUCUGGAUGAGGAAGGGUACUGGAGCGCUUGGGAUAUUGAGGGUCGGAAACGCGCUGGGUCAAAGAUGGCUACUCCAGGAAAGUCGGGGUAUAUACUCGAUGACAGGGCGGAGAGUGAUCUUUCGUUGGAUAUUGCUUCGAAUGGAUGGGGCAGGAUACUCUGGGCUGGAAAUGUCAGUACGAUAGUGGUGUGCAACGACCGUCACCUAGCGGUGUUUGAUCUCAAAGCUCAUCCCAUACGACUGCGGAGCCCGGACUUGGUGCCCAGUGGGUCGUUUGGGCGUAUUCUGGAGGUCAAGCGCAGCCCGCUUCAGCAUGACAAAGUUUUUGUUCUCACGAACAGUCGAUUAUUCCUCCUUCAGAUAAACACAGCGGGAGAGUGGCUCGAUGACACCGAUAGGACGGCCGGAGCGAAGAUUAUCAUGUCUUGUUUGCAUUAUCGGGAGGCGCAGGGGAAUUUGCUUAAAUUGGAGUUGCAUGAGGAAGGCGAUGUGUGUACGGCGUUUUUGGUUUCUUCGGGGAUGUUUUUGGUUAAUGUGUAUAAAUUCACGACGACGCCUGAUGCGGCAACACCGGUGACGUGGUCGACAGAUGCGUUCUCCUUAGAACGUGGGGCAGACGAAGAUACGCUGUCAAAGAUUGUGGGAUUUUGUGUCCUUCCAGCACCUCUUGAACGAAGUGAUGAGCGGCGCGCGUCUCGUAUGGAGAGAAAUUAUCUGGACCAUGGGAAUUUCCUGCAGGCCUUCGCUCUUGGAGAGAAUUUGGAGAUGUCACAAACCCUGCUUGCCGAGUGCCGCAUGGUGGCUGCGCCUGUGCCUGGAAAGCCGGCAAUAUACGAACGGAUAUCGCCACCUUCGGAGAGUCAAGCUGCACCACCUGAGGCCCAUUUUCUCUCUUCUCGGACAAUUGAUGACUUUGUCGUUCCUGAUGGGUUUGAAGACUACGAAUCUGGAAGCGAACGAAAGGCACCAGUCGUGAGGCUCUCGAUAGAAGAUGAUUUACCCGAAGAGCCAGCGCCGAAAGUAAUCGACGCCCAGCGCUGGUAUGAGCUGGCGACUAAAGGAAAAACUACGGAACCGCCUAGUCAGGAAGACUAUCACGAUGUAGAAAUUGAGAUGGCAGACUAUAUCCAGAAUAUUGUCGGCGGGAUUCAGCACAGGAGACAAGUUGGGCUGGAGGGUCUAUCUAGCUUUCACGAUUUAGCGGGCUUUGAGAAAUUUACUGAAGACGUCGAUGAUGGAGCUGCGUUGCUACAGGAUUUCAUCAAUAACUUCGAGGACAAUUAUGCGGAAAGUAGCAUGGCGGUUACUUUACAAUCCUCAGGCCUACUCAGAAUGCUAGACCUAGAACCGGAUGAGUCUUCCACCAACAACUUGCCGAACCUCUCAAACGUCUACGACAAGCUCGUCAACCUCUGGGUUACAUCUCUCCCCCAAAACACCCCCGGCAUGGCACGAAUCGCCAAAGAGAAGGUCGUCCGAAAUGUAGCGACAGAAUUAUGUCUAAGUUCCAUCCACGUCUCCAUCCGCGACAAAUCCGUUCCUCUACCUACCACCGCAGCACCCCAGGACCUUGAAGAGGGACCAAGCCUCACCCUACCCAUCCACGGCGGCCGACCACCUCUUUCACCACGAACACCCUCCCGUUCGCGCUUCAGCAGCCAACCCCUGCAAGACCACGGCUUCGAGCCCACCUCCAGUUAUGCCACUCCUGCGCCCUCGGAAUCUGCUCUCUCCGGUGAACCUGCUGAGGAUGCCGCCGUGUCGCGUCUCCGCGGGUACGCUCUCUCUAUCAAGUCACUAAAACCCCUCGGGCGGACAUGCGCAUCCAUCCUCGCGCAGUGGCCCGAGACACCCGGUUCCGACCCAUCAACAUACAUCUGGCGCCCCGACCAAAUCUCCGGCGCCGCAGAUGAAGAAGGAGACAGCGGCGAAGAAGCCGCGCGGCAGCGAGAAGAGAAGCGACGGCGACGAACAGAGAAAUUCCUCAAGCGCCAAAAGGGGGUAGCGAGUCCGCGACUGGCAACAGCAGUGCAGAGUAGCCAGCCGCCGCCGGUGGUGGAGAGCCAGCCGGCGUAUAGGUUCGCGGCGUCGUCGCAGGUGAUGGUUCAGAGCUCGAGUCAGGUGGAGGGGGGGUUGUCGAUGACGCAGCCGAGUGCGGGGGCGUUUGGGAGUAGGGCGGGGGUGGGGAAGAAGAAGAAGAGGAAGACGGGGUUUUAA